AUGGUCCCAGCCGCCGGACAGCCCGUGAAGGUGGGGGUCAACGGCAUCAAAGUGGGAGGAAAUUACGUCUACUCCACGAGUUCUAGCCCGGAGGUAUUUGCGCGCUUCCCGGUGGACAGCAACGCACGCAGCUGCCACGGGGCCGGUCGAGAUCAUCGGCCGUGGGUUCUUCUUCGACGGUUUUGCGCCAAGGAGGGACGUGUUCGGCUACUCGCGGGCAACCAGUUCAUGCUUGCUGUUGGCGGGUCGACGGCUGCGGCCAUCGAUCAGGAGCGUUCGCUUCUCAAUGUGGCGACGAGUGGUGCGCUGGAGCCCGCAAAGGUUGCAGCCAUUUCUUUGUUGAUGUUUCCUAUGACGCCGCGCUGUAUUCAGCUGUUUGGGUGGUGUAGAGGCGGAGGUUAG